AUGGAAGCACUGAGAGAGUCUUUUCUGCAUUUAACUUUUCAGAUGUCAACGUAUAAGAGAGCCACACUGGAUGAAGAAGACCUGGUGGACUCCACCGGUGACGACAUCUACCCAUCAUCACCUAUGCAGGUGACUCUUCUGCAUGGCCGUGGUCCCACGUGUUGGCCAGACCGAACACAGAGAGAGAGGAAGCUGCUGUUCUUACUGUGUGUUGUGUCUGUGGGCCUGUUUAUAUCUCUCAUCACAACUGGGGUCUUCUACAAGCAGACUCAUCCGGGCUUGUGCCUAACAGAGCCAUGCAUCACUGUGGCCAGUACAGUCAUGGAAGCUCUGGACAGAUCAAUAGACCCCUGCCAUGACUUCUACAAUUUUGCCUGUGGGGGCUGGGUGAAAAACAACCCCCUCCCCGAGGGCAAGUCCCGCUGGGGGCCUUUCAGCAACCUCUGGGAGCACAACAUGCUUGUAAUGAAGCAUUUAUUAGAAAACACAACGAUGAAAGGUCUGAGUAAGGCUGAGGAAAAGGCCCAGCAGUAUUAUCAUGCCUGCAUGAAUGAGGCCAAGAUUGAGGAAUUAGGACCUAAGCCACUACAGGAGCUAAUCAGCCAGAUAGGAGGAUGGGCCCUGACCGAAUCCUGGGACAAGGACAACUUCCAGGAAGUCUUGCGUUCGGUGUCAGCCAGCUAUCGCACCUCGCCUUUCUUCACCGUGUUUGUCAGCACUGACUCCAAAAACUCCAACAGUAACAUCAUCCAGGUGGAUCAGUCCAGCCUGGGACUACCUUCACGGGAUUACUACCUCAACAAAACAGCAAAUGAAAAGUAUCUGACAGCAUACCUCAGCUUCCUGGUGGAGCUAGGGGUUCUCCUGGGUGGCUCUGAGGAGACGUCUCGGACGCUGAUGGAGGAGAUCGUGGACUUUGAAACCGCCCUUGCCAACAUUACAGUCCCGCAGGAGGAGAGGAGAGAUGAGGAGCUCAUCUACCAUAAGAUGGAGGCCAAGGACUUGAAAACUCUUGUACCUGCAGUGGACUGGAUGCCGUACCUCACAGAAGUGUUUGCUCCUGUUCCGCUCAACGAGUCGGAGCCAGUGGUUGUUUAUGCCAAAGAAUACCUCCAGAAAGUUUCUGACCUCAUAACUAAAACAAAUAAAAGCCUACUCAACAACUACAUGAUAAUGAAGGUGGUGAGGAAGAUGGUGUCCAUUUUGGACCAGAGGUUCCAGGAUGCCGAGCAGCGCUUUCUCGAGGUCAUGUACGGAACCAAGAAGAGCUGCACUCCACGCUGGAAGCUGUGCGUCAGCGAUACAGACAGCGCCCUGGGCUUCGCUCUUGGAGCCAUGUUUGUCAAAGCCACCUUUGCUGAGGACAGCAAGGCCAUUGCUGAAGAUAUGGUUGCAGAAAUUAAAUGGGCAUUUGAGGAAAGCCUGAAGUAUGUGAGCUGGAUGGACUCGGAGACAAAAAAAGCAGCGAAAGAAAAGGCAGAUGCGAUAUACAACAUGGUCGGAUAUCCAGAGUUCAUCAUGAACGCCACAAAGCUGGACAAAGUGUUCAAUGAUUUCAGUGUGGUGUCAGAGCUUUACUUCCAAAACGUCAUGCAAUACUACAACUUCUCAGCUAGAGUGACUGCGGACCAGCUGAGGAAAACUCCCAACAGAAACCAGUGGAGCAUGACCCCUCCGACCGUGAAUGCAUAUUACAACCCAACCAAGAAUGAGAUGGUUCUGCCGGCAGGAAUUCUUCAGGCUCCUUUCUAUAGUCGUUCAUGGCCUAAAGCUCUUAACUUUGGUGGAAUUGGAGUUGUCAUGGGACAUGAACUGACUCACGCUUUUGAUGACCAAGGGAGGGAAUACGACAAGGAUGGAAACCUGCGUCCCUGGUGGAAGAACUCUUCUGUGGAGGCCUUUAAGAAGCAGACCCAGUGCAUGGUGGAGCAGUACGGAAAUUACAGCAUCAACAAGGAGCCUCUGAAUGGAAGACACACCCUGGGAGAGAACAUCGCUGACAACGGUGGACUCAAGGCCGCCUACAAGGCUUACGUGAACUGGAUCAAAAAGAACGGCGAGGAGGCCACACUGCCUGCGCUGGGAAUGACCAACCAUCAGCUGUUUUUUGUAGGAUUUGCCCAGGUAUGGUGCUCUGUCAGGACACCUGAGAGUUCACACGAGGGCGUAAUCACAGAUCCUCACAGUCCGUCAAGAUUUAGAGUCAUCGGCACCAUCUCUAAUUCACACGAAUUCUCGAAGCACUUUGGCUGCAAAGCAAAUGCUCCCAUGAACCCUAAACACAAGUGCGAGCUUUGGUGAUGCCUCGUUGCUCGGUGCUGUUUAUCAGUGGAUGUGCGAAAUGGACAUUGGGGGAAAAAAAAAAUAGCUUGAGAUACUGAAAAAGUCUCUCCGGACAGGGAACGCAAGAACCACUGAAAACUCCCACUGCCUUGCUACUUAAUGCUUAUCGGACUCCUUAUCAGGACAAAAUGCUGCUCUGUAUGGAGGACUCUAAUCUUCAGUGCUUCUCUGCAAGGACUGUUGGUUUCGCAUAAAGCUUUCCCCAACUUCUGAAGUUAAAUGUAGCUAUAAAUGUGCUUUAUGAACACUGGAAACCCAACAGUUGGUUACACAAAAUGGGGGAACCACUCUCGAAUUUUGUAAACUGCUCGUUUGUCACAAAAAAGUGAUAAAUAAGUAAAGUGAUGUUUUCUUAUUUUCCUGUAACUCUACACUGUGUUUGGAUCGGCUCCAGUUUACUUUUAUUGUGUUUUAUUUAUAGUCACAAAUUGUUAUGUGAGUGAAACCAGGAACCUGCAAGGUUUUUAAUUGGGUCAUUUAUUAGUAAUUGGUAUAAAUAUGUUUUAAUGUGUACAAUUUGGUUAAACUGUUACAUUUAAAAAAAAUAAAAAUAACAAUGGGAUAUUUGUGUUUAAAAGUGACAUAAUGUCCCAAUGCUCUCAUUUUAUUUCUAAAAUGUGAGACUAAUACAACCAGAAACAGAAUGAAGAAAAUUCACAGCAAUAAAAUAAAGCAUCAACAAUUUUUUUUCAUUCAGAACUUGUGCCAUACCUGUUUUUAUGAGCUUGUCACAAAUUAUUUUGUAUAGUAAAACCAAUCUUAAAACA